UUUUUUAUCAGCAAUAUUUGUUAUCGAUUUAAAUAAGCGAUAAGAAACCAGGUGAGUUGACUUACGUCCUCCCAAAACGAGCUGAUGUGGUCAGACGACUACAAAGUACGAAGAUGGCCAAAUUGACGGGAAUAUUGGUUUGUCUUCUGCCGCUACUCGUUUGGGCGCAAAACGAUGUCACCUGGUAUGAUUAUUACACAGCAGACGGACGAACGUCAGGACUCGUUGCUGCCAGCAAAGACGGAUUUCUUCUGAAUGGUAAACCAUUUCAGAUCAUCAGCGGAGCUGUUCAUUAUUUUCGGAUUCAUCCAACCCAAUGGCGUGAUCGACUAAAAAAACUACGAGCAAUCGGGGCCAACACCGUUGAAACGUACAUGCCAUGGAACCUCCACGAGCCUCGUCGUGGGGAAUACGAUUUCAGCGAAGGCCAAAAUGACAUGUCCUAUUUCCUUAAUGUGACCGCUUUUGUCCAAAUGGCUCAGGAAGAGGAUUUAUUCGUCAUUUUGCGACCAGGCCCUUUCAUCUGCUCUGAAUGGGACUUCGGCGGGUUGCCAAGCUGGUUGUUACGUGAUCCCGAAAUGAAAGUUCGUACUUCCUACCCCGGAUACUUGGAGGUGGCAGAUGGGUACUUGACAGAAGUGUUCCGACGCGUAGUCGACUUGCAAUUUCAACGAGGAGAUGGUCCCAUUAUUGCUAUUCAAGUGGAGAACGAAUACGGAGCUUUUGGAGUAGGGGACGAACCGCAUGACACGCAAUAUUUGAUUCACCUGCGAGAUAAGAUGAUUGAACUGGGAGCGACAGAGAUGUUUUUCACGUCCGACACACCUACGAAGAAUGCCGAUUUAGGAGCAAUUCCUGGCGAGUUACAGACUGCCAAUUUCCAAAAUAAUGCAGAUAAAGAAUUCGACGCUCUCGAUAUACUUCAACCUGGCAAACCCUACAUGGUGGCCGAAUUCUGGAGCGGAUGGUUUGACCAUUGGGGGCAAGGCUACCACGGAGGCUCGUCUGUAGAAGAGUUUUCCUAUACGUUUGAACGGAUCUUCAUUCGCAAUAGUUCAGUAAAUUUUUACAUGUUUAUCGGGGGCACAAGCUUCGGCUUCAUGAACGGAGCCAAUCAACUCCCAGUAUUCCCCUUCUACGCCGCUGACGUCAGCAGCUACGAUUACGAUGCACCCCUGUCCGAAGCAGGUGAUUACACCGACAAAUACUACGCUGCCAAAGAUCUCAUUGCUCGGUUCAACAGAAUUCCCAACAUCUAUAUGCCCGCUAUGCCAGCCGAAAGUGUGAAAACCGUUUAUCCCGCAAUUCAAGCAACAGAACAUCUAACACUAGCAGAUCUUCUCCUUCAGUUGCCGAAUAACUUGGUGAUCCAAUCGGACAACUUGUUGGCCAUGGAAGACCUUCCAAUCAACAACGGUAACGGCCAGAGUUACGGUUAUAUUUUGUAUCGGAACACUGCCAGUUUGACAGGAGGUGCACACACCAUCCAAACUGUUGGACACGUCCGGGAUUUGGCUGUUUUCCUGCUGGACCAGCAACGUUUGACACCUGAUUGGAAAAACGAUAUUCAGCUGAAUGAUUUCGGCUUUUGGCCACUAGAGAAUCGAACAUUCGACUUUACCGCUGAUAAAGGCGACACCAACUAUGUUGUAGAUUUGCUUGUAGAAAACAUGGCGAGGAAUAACUUUGGCCCACCUGGCUACUUCGCUCAGAAACGAGGUUUGCCAGAGGGACCUGUUUUGCUUGACGACCAAGAAGUGGUUGGAUGGACCAUCUUUCCUUUAGAAUUUACAUCAGCUUGGGUUCGCGGUUUGACAAACUGGAAUGCUUCUCCAGCUCCACCAACGACCGUCAUUUCUCCUACACUUACCAAGUCGACUUUGACGAUUGCUGAUGAUCCAACCGACACGUACAUCACGACUACUGGCUGGGGCGAUGGUAACCGAGGCGUCGUCUUUGUGAAUGGUUUUAAUGUCGGUCGCUAUUCGGGCAUCGGCCCCACGAAAACUCUCUACAUUCCAGCUCCAUUGUUGAACCGGGGCGACAACACCAUUCUGGUUUGGUCCCUGUUCGAUCCCGUGACAACCAUCACGUUCACCGACACGCCAGAUUUAGGUCUACCAAUUCAACCGUAACCCAUGCCGCCGCAUCUUGACAUCAACGUUUCGAUAUCUGCAGUAUUCUUCUUUAAAUGUUGCUCAGUAGAGAAUUGUUUUUGAAUUUCUAAUAUGAUAAGAAGAGUCCAAUAAAUUACCUUCCUUUGCCUGCAAAA